UUCCCAACUUAUAGUCUUCGUUUUCAUUUUCAAGUGCAUCUUGCAGUGCUACAUUACAUUUCACCCUCAUUGCAUCAAUCUCAGAGUUCUGCAUUAGGGUUCAAACUGGAGAUCCACUUUUCUUCAUUGCACUGCCCAAAGCUUCAAGCUUUAAGGCUUCCACGCCUCCAAUCGAAAUGGGUUUCUCCCCAAUUUGUUGACGCCUUCUCACAUUGGUCAAAUUCCGAAACUCGAUCUCUUCAUUCUCAUUGAGUUUUGGUUGGACUGUGUUUUUGAAGAUGAGGAGAACGAAAAGCAGUGAACUUCCCAAUUCGAGGAGGUUAAGGUUGUCUCAUUUUUUGUUGGGCAUUGGGGUUUUGUACUUGCUUUUUAUAUCAUGCAAGUUCCCAAACUUUUUAAGAAUUUUAUCAACGUUAAGUGGGGAUGAGGGUGAUGAUAGAUUGGAUGGGGAAGCUGUUGGGGUUGGGGUCAAUGAAGAUACAGAUUUAACCAAGACUUUUGUGAGUUCUGUUUAUAAUGAUGAUUUUCGCCGGAGAUUAGAUUUAGAAGAUGAUAGGGACCAGGGUGCACCCCUUAGGCCAAAUAAGGAGCCAGUGAGGGAGGCAGAACAUGGUCUUGAAUCUGUGAAGCGGAUUCCGCCGGGAUAUGGUAGGAUAACUGGGAAAAUCAUGCAGGAACAGAAGAGGACCAGUGAUAUGUCUGUUCUUGAAAGAAUGGCGGAUGAGGCAUGUAUACUAGGGUCAAAUGCUUGGAAAGAAGUAGAUAGUGUUGAUGAGAAGGAGUGGGAAGAAAGCAAUACACUUGGAGGGAAAUCUGAGUCAUGUCCUUCUUGGAUAUCAAUGAGCGGGGAAGAAUUGGUUAAAGGAGAUAGUUUGAUGUUUCUUCCUUGUGGGCUUGCGGCAGGUUCUUCAAUCACUGUGGUGGGGACACCCCAUUAUGCUCAUAAGGAGUAUGUCCCCAAGCUUGCCAAGUUGAAGAGAGGCGACGGGUUAGUUUCAGUUUCACAAUUCAUGGUUGAAUUGCAAGGGCUAAAGUCGGUGGAUGGGGAGGAUCCUCCGAAGAUCCUUCACUUGAAUCCUCGAAUAAGAGGGGAUUGGAGCAAACGGCCAGUAAUUGAGCAUAAUACAUGUUACCGAAUGCACUGGGGAACCUCUCAAAGAUGUGAUGGUCUGCCAUCCGGAGAUGAAGAAGAAAUGCUUGUUGAUGGAUACCGACGAUGUGAGAAAUGGAUGCGAAAUGACAUUGUAGACUCAAAAGUGUCCAAGACAACAUCAUGGUUUAAGCGGUUUAUAGGGCGUGAGCAGAAGCCAGAAAUGAACUGGCCAUUUCCUUUGAUAGAGGGUAGAAUGUUUGUCCUUACACUGCGUGCUGGUGUUGAUGGAUACCAUAUUAAUGUCGGGGGUCGCCAUGUAACUUCAUUUCCAUAUCGGACUGGGUUUACACUUGAGGAUGCUACAGGGUUGGAAGUUAAAGGGGAUGUGGAUGUUCAUUCAAUUUAUGCUACUUCUCUUCCAACUUCCCAUCCAAGUUUCUCACCUCAAAGAGCACUGGAAAUGUCAGAGACCUGGAAAGCCAUGCCUUUACCCAAACGUCCUAUUAAACUUUUCAUUGGAGUUCUUUCUGCUUCAAAUCACUUUGCAGAACGAAUGGCCGUUAGGAAAACAUGGAUGCAAUCAGAUGCAAUCAAGUCUUCAGAUGUAGUUGUACGGUUUUUUGUUGCACUGAAUCCAAGGAAGGAAGUAAAUGCAGUGCUGAAGAAGGAGGCUGCUUACUUUGGUGAUAUUGUAAUUUUGCCCUUUUUGGACCGCUAUGAGCUCGUUGUUCUUAAAACUGUGGCCAUAUGCGAGUUUGGGAUUCAGAAUGUGACCGCUGCAUAUAUUAUGAAAUGUGAUGAUGAUACAUUUGUUAGGGUGGAUACUGUCUUAAAGGAAAUUGAUAAGGUACCCCAGAAAAAGUCCCUUUAUAUGGGAAAUCUCAAUCUCUUGCAUCGGCCUCUGAGAAAUGGCAAAUGGGCAGUCACUUAUGAGGAGUGGCCAGAAGAAGUAUAUCCUCCUUAUGCAAAUGGGCCUGCAUAUGUAAUCUCCAGUGACAUUGUCACUUUCAUCCUAUCUCAACACAAGGAUAGGAGACUAAGGCUCUUCAAAAUGGAGGAUGUAAGCAUGGGAAUGUGGGUUGAGCGAUAUAAUAAUAGCAUGGCGGCAGUCCAGUACUCUCACAACUGGAAGUUUUGUCAAUAUGGAUGCAUGGAGGGCUACUUCACUGCACAUUACCAAUCACCAAGGCAGAUGAUCUGUCUAUGGGACAAAUUGUCACAAGGUCGACCUCGUUGCUGCAACUUCAGAUGACUUUGCAUGAACAACUUUUCCACUUUGAUUUGUCAUUGUAUCUUUGUAUUUUUGUAUCCUUGUGCUGAUGUUAGCUCACCUAGGUUAAUAUUUGGAAAACUACAAUUUCAACAAAAUGUAUCACAUUCAAUCGGCUAGAAAUAGAAUUUUGUAUAGAUGUUUUCUGAGGAGGAAAACAGAGAACUGAAAUGGAGCCUCAUACAUUAUACAUACUUUUGGUCGGAAAAGAAAAGAAAAACACAUCAAUGAGAAAUCUUCAUUUGGUGUUUGUGCAGCA